UCACAGCAAUUUAGCAGCCAUCACUUCUCAUCCAGCUGAACACGACGGGGAUGUGCAACUAUACCCAGCGCGAACUCCACUGCGGUCACACCCGGUAUAUUGUGUCGGAGUGGUGCCCAGUCUACGCAAACACCCAACGACGAUGCCCGCUUUUCAUUACACAUUUCGAAUACCGCAACGAAGAAGUCUGUGGUGAAUGCAAACCAUCCACUCCGGUUGUAUGGGAACCUAUGAUCAACCGCAAUCCCAACUCAUAUCAAUCAACAUUUUGCGCUACAAUCGGCGACGAUGGGAAGGCUCCGUAGACAAGGAGCCAAUCUCGCUCUGGAACGCUUUGCGUACACUCGGGUGCAAGUGGCUCAUCUUCAAAGCCAGCAGGACGCAUCAUUUUGAUUCAUAAUCUUUGUAAAUAUCAUGUUCUUGAUGGUGGGUGCUUCAAAAACUGCAUCUUUGAAGGAAGUUUGUACAUCACCUCUGUCGUUGAUCUUGCGCCCAAAGCUUCAGGUUAGAGCUGCGAUCGACGGUCGGGAGUUUCUACUAGAUUGUAAAUCGUACAUCAGUACCAUCAGAUGGCUGCGGAGCAACAGUUCAGUGUGACUGUCCCCACGCUAGGGCGUUCAACAUUGGUUUCUCGUCACAACUCGCGCGAGGCCGAGGCGAGUCCAUCCAUGGUUGAACUCAAUUCACAGGACACUACAGUACUGUUUGCGGACUGCUAGGAUGUUGUGGCGAUCAAGUUGUGAAUCCUUAUGAGGCCCUUUACCCGCUUC